UACGGCUAGAGACCAAACAAGAGGAGACCAUCCAGGAACGUGUCCGGGAGAAAGAGCAAGCGUUUAGAGAAGAAUGGGAGGAAAAGAUCAGGACCGCAAAAGAGACGUAAUAAGGGAUUCUUUAUAUAUAUACAUAUAUGUCCCGUGAUGUAGCCUAUAUCAUUAUUUGGUUUACUGAGACCUUUAUAUACUGACUGAGAGAUAUUUAUGUAUCAUACUGAUAGUGAACACGAUUUACAAAGACAGCUGAAUCAGGCCAAGGACCAGCUCAGGGCCCUGAAACUUACGAAUGACUCGACACAGGCAACGCUGGUGGAUCACUCCCAAAAGUACGAAGAGGAGGUCGUAGCAAAGCUUGCGGAGCUGGACAUCGUCUUGAUGGAUUAUGAACGCGCCAAUAGCAGAAUCUCAGAAUUGGAGGGUCAAAACGAGAUACUCCGUAACCAAAUGGAUAGCAUGCAAGGCAAUGGAAUGAUCGAUCAGGAGAGAGCGGCAUCACUGGUUCAGACGAUUGAACACCAGGAUGCUGAAUUGCAGUCGCUUACCACUACUCUGGAGAAUUUGAAGGCUUCAAGCAAGAAACAAUUAACGACAUUGGAACGGAAGGUAUCCACUCUACAGCGCGAGGUUCAGGAAAAGACAGGCGAAAUAGAGGCAACCAAGCGUAAGCUUGAACAAUACAGUGAUUAUGAUUCUGUCAAGAGCGAACUUGAGAUUCUGAAGUACAUCGAGUUCUCAGGAUCAAGAGGGGGCAGUGGGGACGAUGAUGAUUGGGACGAACGUAUCUUGACUCUGGCGAGCAAGAAUUUAGAGAAGCCGCUUGAGGUGCUGUUGAUGGAGAAGAGCCGGAAACUGGAGAAUGAACUAACAGAACUCAAGGUGGCUCAUGAAUCUGUCACUACGCAAUUCAAUGAUCUCCAGAGCCGUCAUGAGGUCGCCACCAAACGAUUGGAUUCUCAAACACAACUCAUCCAUCGUCUAGAAGAAGAUAUUACUCAGCUAAAUCAAUCCAGUGGAGGAUCAAGUACAGGUCAAAAUGCUGUCAAUGGAUACUAUGUUGGUCCUGGCAGUGGUAGCAAUGUUACCAAUGCAGUCCUUGGAUAUCAGGGACCAACUUCACCACCAUUUGGAAAAGCUUCUUUCCUAGGGGAAGUCGUUGGAGGUGUAGCAUUAGGACCAGUACUUCCAACAGCACCGCGAACACCAGGAUUCCCCCCAACAGGGCCCCUCAACCCAGAUAAUGCUACGAGUUUAACGUCGGGUGGCGCUCCUAGUGCUGGUGGUCCACAGAGUGCAGCUGUUGAGCCAAGUAGCAGUAUCCUAUCGAUUGUCACCAGCCAGCGCGAUCGGUUCCGUCAGAGGAAUGGUGAACUGGAGGAGCAGCUCCGUCAGCAGUCGGAGCAAAUCUCGAAUCUCAGAAAUGAGAAUAGUCAGCUUCAAAGAGAUAAUCUAAAACUGUAUGAGAAAGUGAAAUACAUGCAAUCUUAUCGGAACGAGUCUUCUUCUGUCGGCUUUACUGCAGCAGAAUCUGCAGCACCCAGUGCUAUGGUUGACUAUACUUCGCCAUUCCGGAGCACUACUGGAGUAGUAGGGCGUUCAACAACAGGAGGUAGUAGUAGUGGAUACAAGAAGCAUGAUGGGGACUUUGAGACGACUGUACAAAUGCAAUCGCUUUCGGAUCCGACAGAUCGGUACAGGAGCAUGUACGAGGAGAGCAUGAACCCGUUUGAGGCAUUCCACAAGAAAGAAGAAUCCAGGAGGUUUAAUAGUAUGACGCCGACAGAUAAGGUGAUGUUGACAAUGAGUCGGUUAGUGUUGACGAAUAAGUGGACGAGGAGUAUGUUGGUAGCCUAUACGAUGGGACUCCACUUCUUAAUGGUUGUAAUGUUAUACAAGAUGAGUGCCUGGGAAGAAUGUCGACAUGAUCACGAGACACCGAAUGAUGCCAAUCCCAUGCUGCCUUCAGAUGACUAGACUAAGAUUGGUGUGAUGUUAGUUAUUACAGCACCUGUAGCUUUCAGUAAUAAUAAUAAUUUUUUUUUAAAAAAAAA